AUGCUGUUGUGGAGCUACUUGAUUACAGUAUUUACGGAUCCAGGUUCUGUUCCUGAGCAUUUUAGAAGAGAACUUGAGGGUGAGAAUUUGGAGGCUGGUACUUCGACGGAUCAAGGAGCUUUUGGUUCUUUAGGUUACUGUCCUAAAUGCCGGAAUGUUAAGCCGCCUCGUUGCCAUCAUUGUUCUGUGUGUCAAAGAUGUGUUCUUAAGAUGGAUCAUCAUUGUGUUUGGAUUGUUAAUUGUGUUGGAGCGCGUAAUUACAAGUUUUUCCUUCUCUUUCUGUUCUAUACUUUUCUUGAGACAAUGUUGGACGUAAUAGUCUUGCUUCCUAGUUUUAUCAAAUUCUUCAGUCAAGCUAUAAAGCAUUCUUCUUCUCCGGGUAAUCUGGCCUCCCUUGUUCUGGCUUUCGUUCUCAACUUAGCGUUCGUUCUCAGCCUUCUGUGUUUCGUAGUCAUGCACAUUUCUCUUCUCUCUACCAACACUACUUCAGUCGAGGUUCAUGAGAAAAAUGGAGAUGUCAGAUGGAAAUAUGACUUGGGAAAAAAGAAAAACUUCGAGCAGGUUUUUGGGAAGAAGAAGGCGUUUUGGCUCCUCCCAUUGUACUCGAAAGACGAUCUCGAUAACAUGAUUUCACUUCACGGCCUUGAAUUUCCAACUCGUUCUGACAUCGACCCUUGA